AAUUUUUAUUUUUUUUAAUUCCUUUGACGGAUUUCUAUGGCAUGUCAAACCACUGGGCCAAGGGAUUGACUCGGCCCAAAAGUGCGACCCAACCAACUCCGACGAGAAAUGCGUCGGUCGUGCAAGGUGGCGGUGAUCGGAGCCGGCGUUUCGGGGCUCGUCGCCGCGCGCGAGCUCCUCCGCGAGGGGCACGAGGUCGUCGUGUUCGAGAAAUCGGGCCGGGUCGGUGGAACCUGGGCCUACGACCCCCGCUCCGACUCCGACCCGGUCGGGCUAGACCCGGCGCGCCGCGUGGUCCACGGGAGCCUCUACGCCUCGCUCCGCACCAACCUCCCGCGCCCGCUCAUGGGCUUCUCCGACUACCCCCUCCUAGGCCGGAGCUUCGGCGACGCUAGGGCUUUCCCGGGGCACGAGGAGAUGUUGGCGCUCCUCGAGGCGUUCGCGGGGGACGCCGGGGUCCCGGCCGCCGUGCGAGCGCGCACGGAGGCGGCGCGGGUGGCUCCGCGCCUCCGCGGCGGCGGCGGCGGCGCCGGCGCCGGGGAGGAGGAGUGGGUGGUGGAGUGGCGGAGGAGGGAGGAGGAGGAUGGGGAGGUGGUGGAGGAGGGGGCGGAGGAGUUCGACGCGGUGGUGGUUUGCAACGGGCACCACACGGAGCCUAGGGUUCCGAGGAUUCCGGGGAUUGAGAGGUGGCCCGGGAAACAAAUACAUAGCCACAAUUAUCGCAUCCCCGAACCAUUUCGAGAUCAGAUUGUGGUUAUUAUUGGGAUGGGAUCCAGUGCCCAAGAUAUCUCUAAAGAAAUAUCACAUGUAGCAAAAGAAAUCCACCUAGCGUCAAGAUCUACAGAUGUUAUAAUUGGAAAGCUAGAUGGCCAUGAUAAUAUCUGGCAACACUCUAUGGUCAGUUGUGUACACGAAGAUGGCGUGGUAGACUUUGACGACGGUUCAUCGCUAUGUGCGGAUGUCAUCUUUUACUGUACAGGGUAUAAGUACCAUUUCCCUUUCCUUGAACUAGAUGAGAUCAACAUUGACGACAGCCGAGUUGGGCCUCUCUAUAAGCAUAUUUUUCCUCCAAAACUAGCCCCAUGGCUCUCUUUUGUGGGGUUACCUUAUAAGGCUAUUAUUUUUCUGAUGAUAGAGUUGCAAUGUAAGUGGAUUGCACGUAUUUUAUCAAACAAACUUGCUUUACCAUCAGAAACAGACAUGAUGGCAUCUGUUCUCGAACAUUAUCGCCGAAUGGAAGAGGCCGGGAUGCCAAAACACCACACUCAUUCGCUUCUGUCGAACCAGGCCGACUACCUGAACUGGCUGUCUUGUGAGGUUGGAAUGCCUCCAGUAGAGGAAUGGAGAUUUCGCAUGUACGACAGAGCGAUCAUGCGCAUUCAUUCUCGUGAUGAUAAGUGUAGAGACAAUUGGGAUGCCGACCCUUCGAUCUAGCGAGCUCAAUUCACCUUUCAAGGGCUCCUCCUAUGUCCUAUCAUGUGAAAAUGCUUAGCCAUUGAUCGUUUAUAACUAACAAGCAAAUCGAAGCAUUCCUCUGUUGCAUUAUGGGGAUAAACAGUUGCUUAUUUUCUCCAGCAAAAAAGUAGAGAUAUUGUUGAGAUAUGGCUAGCUAGCUAGAUCCAUCAUCACUAUGGUACGUACCUGAGAAGAGUUUAAUCAGAUGUAAAUUAUUCAGAGCAAUUUAGUGUAAACAUGGAAAAGGUAUAAUAAUUAUAUUAACGCUCAGCGUAAGCAUGCUUAUCGAAUUGCCUAAUAAGAGAUCAGGAUUUCUUAGUUUC